AUGAUGAGGCCGCGGACAGUGCAGGCCUGGCUCCCUGAGCGCCCGCCCGGCCCUAACGAGGCGCCGGCGCAUUGUGCGUGGUCCGGGCUUUCUCACGUGGCGGCCACUGCGCGGGGCUGUCCCGACGUCAGCUCGGGUCAAUGCUGGGGACCCGGCUUGUCAUGGCCGCGCGACAGCUUCCACCCGGCAGCCGCGGGCCUGGAUCGGCGAGGCUCAGUAGCCGGCCUCCUGGCCCGUCUGGCCCAGGAAAGCAAGACCCAGCGCUGCCUGGCGCUGCCCCUCGACUGCGAGGAGUCCUGGGGCCCUGUUGAUGCGCCACCCCUGCAGAAUGUGGGGCCCGAGAGUGUGCGGCGGCGGAGGCACGGCCGGCCGCCCCCACGAAAGAGGUCUCUGGCUUUGUCCGGAUUUAGCAUAGGACACUGGUUUCCAGCAAGCCUCGGGUUUCUCCUCUCUGUCCUCUCGCCCUGCACCAUCACAUCCAGAGGUUCCGGGGACUCCCCCAUCCCCCUUAGAAAGGCCGCUCCCGCCUCGGAGGGGCCAUCAAUCCACUCGGGCCCCAGCAGCUCUCGGAGAACCCCAGCUCUGAAAGAGGGACUCGUCUAG